GGAUGCAGGAGUGGAGCUGCUGUCUGCUGGACUGAAGAGUCCACACUGUCACCUGGAGACUCUCAGCCUGAGCUGCUGUGGACUGUCAGAGAGAAGUGGUUCCCUUCUGUCCUCAGUCCUCAGCUCUCCGUCCUCUAGUCUGACACAACUGCACCUGAGUGGCAACAUGGACCUGAAGGAUGCAGGAGUGGAGCUGCUGUCUGCUGGACUGAAGAGUCCACACUGUCACCUGGAGACUCUCAGCCUGAGCGACUGUCGACUGUCAGAGAGAAGUGGUUCCCUUCUGUCCUCAGUCCUCAGCUCUCCGUCCUCUAGUCUGACACAACUGGACCUGAGUGACAACAGGGACCUGGAGGAUGCAGGAGUGGAGCUGCUGUCUGCUGGACUGAAGAGUCCACACUGUCACCUGGAGACUCUCAGUCUGAGAAGGUGCAUGAUCUCAGAGAGAGGCUGUGCUUCUCUGGCCUCGGCUCUGACCUCUAACCCCUCCCACCUGAGAGAGCUGGACCUGAGCUACAACCAUCCAGGAGGACCAGGACUGGAGCUGCUGUCUGCUGGACUGAGGAGUCCAGACUGGAGGCUGGAGACUCUCAGGCUGGACGACUGUGGACCAGAGAGGUUAAAGAUCUGACCAGAAGAAGUGUGAGUGAGUGAUUGAUCCCUGAGAACUGCUGGACUCACAAGUCUCUGGCAGAGCAGCAGACCUUCUUCUCUUUCAUUUCACCCCCAUUUUGGCUUCUCUCCACUGGCUGCUGUGACUUUUACAAUUGAUUUGAAAGUUCUUCUGUUUGUUUUAAAAGCUUGAAAUGGUCUUGUCCCUCAGCACCUAGUGGAGCUUUUAACCCCUGAGAUCCUUGAGGUCAGCUGAGCAGCUGCUCCUGGAGGUACCUAAAACUGAGCCUAAGAUGAGAGGAGACCAGGCUCUCUCAGUCUGUGGAAUGUCCUCCCUCCCCAUGUGAGACAGGCACCAUCGCUGUCCACUGUUAAAACACUUCUUACAAGGCACUUUUACUGCACGCUCUAUCCUGAUUUUACAGUUGUACAGCACUUCUUGUGUUGUUUUUGAAGUGCUGUAUUAAUAAAUAUGGUAUUGGUCAAGACUGACUCCGAGUCUCAGCAGCCGCUGCCGUCAUCAUGGAGAGUUUCCUGCUCAUCUGAGGCAGAGUCUCAGUGGAGAGCAGCACGGAGGAAGACUCCUCAACAGCAGUCAGAGAAGAAGCCUCCACCCUCACAGAAGCUCUUCAUCUGUGGAAACACUUCUGUCUUCAACGCCCCAAACA